AUGUCUCAAGAUAAACUCACCGGCGCCAAGGUGGCCGAGCACAACUCUAAGGACUCAUGUUGGGUCAUUGUGCACGGCAAAGCCUACGACGUCACCGAAUUCCUGCCAGAACACCCCGGAGGCUCGAAGAUUAUUCUCAAGUACGCCGGUAAAGAUGCGACCGAGGAAUUUGACCCCAUUCACCCUCCUGACACCCUGGAUAAGUACCUCGAUCAAUCGAAGCACCUCGGCGAAGUCGACAUGAGCACCGUCGAGCAGGAGGAGAAGAUCGAGGACCCGGAGGAGACUGAUCGUCAACUCCGUAUCAAGCAAAUGCCUCCCCUCGCCGCUUGCUACAACCUUAUGGACUUCGAGGCGGUCGCCCGCCGGGUGAUGAAGAAGACAGCGUGGGCAUACUACUCUAGCGGAGCGGAUGAUGAAAUCACAAUGCGCGAGAAUCACGCAGCUUUCCACAAAAUCUGGUUCCGACCCCGCGUCCUCGUGGAUGUCGAGCACAUCGACAUGUCCACCACAAUGCUCGGCCAGAAAUGCUCGAUUCCCUUCUAUGUCACCGCCACCGCUUUGGGCAAACUCGGCCACCCGGAAGGUGAAGUCGUCCUCACAAGAGCAGCAAAGCAGCACGACGUAAUCCAGAUGAUUCCCACGCUAGCCUCCUGCUCGUUCGACGAGAUCGUCGACGCAAAGCAAGGAGACCAGGUGCAAUGGCUCCAGCUAUACGUCAACAAGGAUCGUGCGAUCACAGAGAAAAUCGUCGCGCACGCCGAGAAGCGCGGGUGCAAAGGAUUGUUCAUCACCGUUGACGCCCCCCAGCUCGGUCGUCGAGAGAAGGACAUGCGAUCGAAGUUCUCAGAUGCUGGCUCUGACGUCCAAUCGGGCGAUGGAAACGUGGAUCGCUCGCAAGGAGCCGCCCGCGCAAUCUCAAGCUUCAUUGAUCCUGCCCUCUCGUGGAAGGAUAUCCCCUGGUUCCGCUCUAUUACCCGUAUGCCCAUCGUGCUUAAGGGCGUUCAGUGCGUGGAGGAUGUUCUCCGUGCUGUUGAAGCCGGCUGUGACGGUGUAGUCCUCUCCAACCACGGAGGUCGUCAACUCGAAACCGCCCGCUCCGGUAUCGAAGUCCUUGCAGAGGUUAUGCCUGCCCUCCGUGAACGCGGCUGGGAGAAGCGCAUCGAGGUCUACGUUGACGGCGGUGUCCGCCGCUCCACUGAUAUCAUCAAGGCCCUUUGUCUCGGCGCCAAGGGUGUCGGCAUUGGCCGACCAUUCCUGUACGCCAUGUCCGCGUACGGACAGGAAGGUGUCGAUCGCGCGAUGCAGUUACUUAAGGAUGAGAUGGAGAUGAACAUGCGGUUGAUCGGUGCCCCUACCAUUGAGGAGUUGAACCCUAGUUUAUUAGAUACUCGUGGUUUGAUGGGUGGGCACACCGGUGCCAUUCCUCUUGAUACCUUGGGACUGGGCGCUUACGAUCCGCUUGAGGCUCCGCGGUUCAAUGAGAAGGCUAAGCUGUAG